AACAGUACAUGCCUGUGGUUAGAUCGCAACGAAUCACGCAAACAACAUGAAAUUUUACGGCAUAACUGUUCUCUUGGCGCUUGCCGUCUUCGCCCAUGGCCUACCUACCAGUGCGAAAACGAAGCGAUCGAUUAGCGACAAUCUAGUAUCGCUUGUCAAGGACUUUCAGGAGGUAAUGAAGACUGGCGAUGAGGACGCGGGAAUCCCUGUGUUGGACCCCUUCGAAGCUGAUUCCGUUGACUUAUCCAUCGACGAAACUUCAGUAACAUUGGACGGCAAACUGACCAACUUGAAUGUCGUGGGUCUGUCGAAUUUCUCAAUCGACACCUUGACCUUCAGUCUAAUCGGAAUCAGGUUCACUUUCGAUUUCACAUGGCCCAGUAUCACCUUCAACACGGGAUAUUCGAUCGACGGUACGGUUUCGAGUGACAUAGAGGUCUACGGUAGUGGGAAUGCAACUGGCAAGAUCACCAACCUAUCCGUUUCCGGAACCGCCGCGCUAUCCGUGAGAAACUCGUAUCUCUACAUCCGCAGUUUGAGCAGUGAGAUCGGCUUGGAAGAUGUGGAAUUCAACAUCACUGGAAUCUGGAAUGACGAUGACGUAUCGAAGCUUAUAGGAGACGUAGUGGGUGACAUCGCCCCAGUACUCGUCGAGGACUACCAGGACGAAAUCACCACCUUUGUCAAUGAACUGGUUACCGAAUAUGCCAACGAUUACCUCGGCACUAUGACUCUGUCCGAUCUCAUUGGACUCCUCGGAUAAAUCAGUUUCCCAUUAUCCGCGGUUACAUGCUAUCCAAAUUUCAAUGUCGAGUAAAGCAUCGAUCAAAUGUUAAUCCUUCCUUUGACCGCAGGAUGAAAUGCGGAUCAAUAAAUAGACCGCUGA